AUGUCGGAAUUGGAAUUAAAUCAAAUUCACGAUGAAAAAGAAAAUGAUACUGUUUUACAAGAACAAACACCAAAUCAAGUUGGUACAAAUAUAAUACAUGAUACACCAAGUUUAAAUGAAGAACAGGAUAUACCAUCAUCAUCAUUUUCAACGAAUUUACAAAAUAAUAAUAAUAGUAAUAAUAAUAAUAAUAAUAAUAAUAAUUUAAAUAAUAAUAAUAAUUUUAAUAAUAUAAUAAAUAGUAUGAAUACAAAUUAUAAUAAUUUAGGUAAACAAUCAAAUUUAAUAAUGGAUAGUAAUGAAUCAUUAAAUUCAGCACUUCAUAAUUCAAAUAUAUCAUCAUCAGCACCAUAUAAUGAAUUUUCAACUAAAAAUUCAGUUGAUGAAAUUUUAUUAUUUAAUAAACCACCAUCAUUAUCAUCAUUAUCAUUUAGAAUUGUAAUUUCUUGGUUAUUUGGAUUGGUUUCAAUGAUAAUAUUAAUGUUAUUUAAUCCAUCACAUCCUAUGCAAUUUAUUUGGGGUGUACUUUGUAUUGGGUGUGGUAUGACAGCAAUAUUUGCAAUCACAUGGAGUUCAUUAUUAUUGAAAUUUCCAAUUACAUUUUUAAUUACAUUUGCAACUACAAUCUAUUGGGUUGGCACACCAAUAACAUGGCAAAUUCUUUAUGUGAUCAAUAUGUAUCCACCACCAAUCGGUGUAUUUACUUGUAUUUUCCCAUUUGAAGGUUUAUCAUUGGUCUUGGUAUGUCUAUUGAUUCCAAGAGUGAUUCGUAAUAAAAAUGGGUAUAAAAAAAAGGUUAUCUCUGCAUUUUCAUCAUUGGUUGCACCUUAUUUAAGUUUUGUAAGUGGGUUGAUUUAUUUUAGACUUUUCCAAUAUUCAAAUAAUGUUGGUCGUAUUUUACUUCCACCAGUUUACACUGUAGUUAUGAAAGUCAUUCAAUUAGGUCUUGAUGUUAUUUGUAUUCGUUGUGCUCACUCUGGUUCUAAUUUAUUGAUUAUCAUUGGUCGUAUCAUCGCUUCCUACUAUUCAUUCGCUGUGUUAUCAUUUGCAAAGAAUCCAGUCUCAUUGGUUUCUGUGGUACUCUCAAAAUUUGGUUUGCACAUUUUCAUGGCAAUUUUUAUUAUUUUCCCAUCGAUUGAAACAAAGGUGAUCUCAAUGUUACCAAAAUCAUUGAUUGAUUGGAAAAAUACUUUUGAAAAAGGUCAUCAUGAGAAAGAUCCAAAUGAAGCCGAAGCUAUGAAUGAAUUCGAUAGAAUGGCCUUGGAAAAUGAUCCAGUAUAUACAAAAAUUCAUACCAAAGGUACAAAUCUUUGGUUCUCUCAAUUCUCUGAUAUCCUUGCAAUCUUAAUGGCCCUCUCAGUUUAUACAAUGGGUCGUUAUGGUCCAACUAAUAAUCAUUAUAAUUCAAUGUUUCCAUUUGAUAAUAAUUCUCAUAUCUUGGGUAUUGAAGACUCUUUUCAUGUUUUCUUAAUUUUCCUUUCAGUUUGUUUCGUUUCUCUAAUUAUCAUCUAUGGUGGUAUGUGGAUAGUUUUAUCACGUUUCAUUAAAACUUUGGAAAUUAGAAAAAUCAUUGCUCUCAUUAGUGUAAAUUGGUUCCCACUUCAUCAUUUUUAUGUUAGUUGUAUCAAUUUUAUGAUGGGUUAUGUGAUUGUUGUUGUCGCUCUUAUGCCUGAUCUAUUUUAUAUUCCUGGAAUUGAUUUUUGGAAUACUUCAAAUUAA